AUGUCCCAGAAAGCCAAUACACCUUUUAGCCCUAAAGCUAAAAUUCUGUGGGUAGAAGAGCAAGGUAGGGUGAAUGGAGACCUGCACCUUUGCUUAACAAAUCCAAAAAGUGUGAACCGUGUGUGUGUGUGAGUGUAGUAGCAUCCCAUAGGAACCUAUUGCUCUGUUUCUUUGUGUGUCUAUAGGCUCAUUCCAUAGGAUCCUAUUUUUGUGUGUGAACGCGAGCACGUUUGUGCAUGGAAUUUUACACACACACCACAUACCGUAUUUUUCGCUCCAUAGGGCGCACCGGACCAUAGGGCGCACCUAGUUUUGGGAGGAGGAAAACAAGAAAAAAAUAUUCUGAAUCCCAGAAGCCAGAACAGCAAGAGGGAUCUGGCUUCUGGGAUACCGUGUGGCUGUUCUGGCUUCUGGGACAACCGCGCCAAGCCUCUUCAAGGCAGCGGGAUGAAGGCUCCCCCUGCCUGAAGAGGCUGCGCAGGGCUAAGGCAGAAGCCAGGACAGGCGCGUCACUGAAGGGGCACUGCCCCUUCAGCGAAGCUGGAGAAGGAGACCCUUCUGUUCCUCCUCCGGCUUCCAGGUCAGGUGCGUCGCCGCGAAGCCAAGGAGCCUGCAUUCGCUUCAUAGGACGCACACACAUUUCCCCUUCAUUUUUGGAGGGGAAAAAGUGCGUCCUAUAGAGCGAAAAAUACGGUAUAUUACUAGAUGACUCUUGGUUUCCCAACUCUACAGUUCUCUGAUUUUACGACCUUUAUUAGAACUCGGAUGCAAGGAAGAGAGUUUGGGGAAAGUUUUAGAUUUAGGAAUAUCGGAACCUGCCUCGUACAGUGUCAGGUUCAUUGGUCCAUUUGACUCAAUAUUGUCUACCCAGACUGGCAGCAGCUCUCUGGGGUUUAGAGCAGAGCAGCAUUCCUACCUCUACCUGGAGAUGCUGGAGUGUGUGUGUGUUGAACCUGGGACCUCUGCAUGCCAAGCAGUCCCUCUACUCCGAGCCUACAGCCCUUAGGCCCUUCGUGUACUCUCCGUUGUCCUUCUGCUUGUCCCUCUGUGGUUGCAGCUCCUUGUGUGUGAUGCUCUGUUGCCUCUCCUCCUUUCUUUAGGCCAUUAUAACCGGAGACCUGGACAUCCUCAAGGACUGGUGUUACGAGGCGGUGAGUGUUUGCCCUGGGAGAUGGCGUGGUUGGUCCUGGCGGGGUUCGUGGGUGGUGGCCAUCUUUCCAUCCUGACAUUCAGGAGUGUCCCAAAAAACAUUGCGAGGACAUGAGAGCUCACACCUUGCUCGCACGCUUCCCAAAGGCUCCUGGCUAGCCUCUACAAGAAGGUACCGUAUUUUUCGCUCUAUAAGACGUACCAGACCACAAGACGCACCUAGUUUUGGAGGAGGAAAACAAGAAAAAAAAUAUUCUGAAUCCCAGAAGCCAGAACAGCAAGAGGGAUCGUUGCGCAGCGAAAGCAGCGAUCCCUCUUGCUGUUCUGGCUUCUGGGAUAGCUGCGCAGCCUGCAUUCGCUCCAUAAGACGCACACACAUUUCCCAUUACUUUUUAGGAGGGGAAAAGUGAGUCUUAUAGAGCAAAAAAUAUGGUAUGUUGUUGUUUAGUUGUGUCCGACUCUUUGUGACCCUAUGGACCAGAGCACACCAGGCACUCCUGUCUUCCACUGCCUCCCGCAGUUUGGUCAAACUCAUGCUGGCACCUUCGAGAACACUGUCCAACCAUCUCGUCCUCUGUCGUCCCCUUCUCCAUCUUUCCCAACAUCAGGGUCUUUUCCAGGGAGUCUUCUCUUCUCAUGAGGUGGCCGAAGUCUUGGAGUGUCAGCUUCAGGAUCUGUCCUUCCAGUGAGCACUCAGGGCUGAUUUCCUUCGGAAUGGAGAGGUUUGAUCUUCUUGCAGUCCAUGGGACUCUCAAGAGUCUCCUCCAGCACCAGAAUUCAAAAGCAUCAACCAUACAUCACUACUGGGGAAACCAUAGCUUGAACUAUACGGACCUUUGUUGACAAGGUGAUGUCUCUGCUUUUUAAGAUGCUGCCUAGGUUUGUCAUUGCUUUUCUCCCAAGACACACCACAUAUAGGAGUAUUUUAUUCCAGUAGUUGCGUAGCAACCGCUUGAGCGACAGGGAACCCGUGAGUGAGCGGCUUUGGGGGGACACAGCGUUGCUUUCAAGCCUAUGGUGCAACAUAUAGGUAAAUAUAUAUCGCACUGACGACGCUUCCCUCGCCGGCACCAGCCGAGUCGCUACCCGCCUCAGGCAAAUGACGGGGGAAAGUGCCGGACGGGCAGCGGGCGUCCUUUGCCACUCCCAACAUGGCCGCCGCAGCCGCCGCCGCCACUCACCUUCGCGCACUCUUCCCUUCCCGGCUUGGCCGCCGCCUCCGCCGCCCCUCCCUCGUCGCACGCUGAUGAGCGCAUCAGCCCCUCAUUGCCACGUCUCUUCAGGGCGGCAGGAGCUGCAGUCGCCGCCGCCGCCGCUGCUGUCGCGGCGACAACGAGCGAAGGAGGGACAAGAGGAAACGGGGAGCCGGACCGGGACGUUCCGGGACGGGUCCCCUCCGCAGCCUGGCGGGCCCCCGAGAGCGGGCAGGCGGCUGCUGCUGCUGCGGCGGCGGGACCCCCUCAUGGUGCUGCUAGAGAGGCGGUGAGUGGGCGCGAGCGAGAGAGCGAGCGGCCGCUCCUUCCUUCCUUCCUUCCUUCCUUCCCUCCCUCACUCUCGUGUUUUCCUCACGGCGAGGGGUGCGCGGACGGGGCGCCCCACCGUCCCAGGAAGGCCCUUCCAAGGGAGGAGGAGGAGGAGGAGAGGGGAGCCUCCCCCGUCGGCCUAGCUCCCGCCCGCCUUUCUUUGUCUCUCAGCCAAAGGGGAAGACCUUCUUUUUUUUAAUUUCCUUUCCUUCUCCUCUUUCUUCCCCCUUCUGCUGCUCUUCAUCCAUUCCUCCUUCCCGUUGGGUUUAAUUGCCAGUUUGCUGCUGCUCAGUUACUCACUGGCAUCCCAACCCGCCCCCCUCCUCCCCAAUACAUACACUUUUCUUCCUCAGGUGUCUUUCACUUCUUUCUUUUUCUCUUUCUUUCUCUCUUUCUUUCUCUCUCUCACUCUCAAACACCACUUGAGAAUAUUUCUUAUUUACUUACUUAUGCAUUAUUGAUGGAUUGAUUUAUAGGUUUCUAUGCCGUCCUUCACGUAAGGAUCGCAGGGCGGUUUGUGACACAGAAACAUGAAAACACGUAAGAAGCAAAAACUAUAGCCGCGUACACAUACGCACCACGGUUUAAAUGGCCAUAGGUAGUAUAAUUAGCCAAAGGCCCCGGGGAAAGAGGAACACUUUUGCUUGGCGCCUAAAGGUAGGUAAUGAAGGUGCCAGGCGAGCCUCCCUGGAGACAGCAUUUCACAAGCAGGGAGCCACUUCAGAAAACGCCCGUUCCUAUGUUGUGGCCUUACAGACAUCGAUUGCAGGGUCGAGGUUGAUUCAUAUGGGGAGAGGCGGUUCUUCCUCCUCCUACCACUCCCCUUGAUACCGUGUGGCACUCUUUCCCUCACCCAGUCCUAUUUUUCUAGGAAAAGAGGUGCUGGACUUAACCACAAACACCUCCCUCAUUCUCUUAGAAUGCCAAUGGCACCCACCUGAGAGGUGGCAGAACUGAGUUCCGGUGAGUUCCAGCUGAAAAAAGGCAUGCCCCCACCUCAUUCUUCAACCACCUCCUUUUUCGUAUAGGAAUUGGGUUGCCUCACAUUUAAAAUAAAGAAAUGCAACCUCCCGUUCUCCUUGGGUGAUAUUAUGGUUGUACAUGAAAACCUAGGGUUACCUAGUUUGUUCCCUCUGAAUGUUGCUAAACUUCCAGCUUCCACCAGGCAAACCAGUGACUGGGGUGGUUGGAAUUGUAGUCCAGCAACACCUGAACAUUAUCCCUAGCUAACAGGACCAGUGGUCAGGGAUGAUGGGAGUUGUAGUCAAAACAUCUGGAGGGCCGAGUUUACCUAGGCUGAUAUGUAUGUUUUUCCAUUCUGUGGAGGCUGUUGAGGCUUAUUUAAACUUCUCCUUUUUCUGUAUCCAAAAAAAGAAAUCUGGACUUGAAAGGUUUGGCUCUGCAUGUUAGUGUUAGGCACAUCAGGAGUAUUCCCUCAGAAUCAGGCAUUCAGCAGGAGCAAGUGACUAGCACAUUUGACUGCCUCUCUAAACAUUGUGUAAUUUUGCCUAGGCUUCAUCCUGUGCACACUUUAUGGGGAAAUAAGCCCGACAACUCAAAGAACUUCUGUCUGAUUAAACAUGUGGCACAAGAUAAGGUUGCACAUCUGCUAAGCAGUAAGGCUUGCCACAUUUCAGUUAGAAGGGCUAAACAGGUGGGUUCCAAACAUAGCAGAGCAAACCCCAAAAAACAGGUUCAGAAUUCUGAUCAAUUUGGUGCCCAUCUAAGCCAAAACAGACACUGAAACUGACACGAUUAAAGCAUACUAUUAUGUGUGCAGUUUGCCUAUGUGAAUGUAAUUUGCAUGUGUGGGUAAGAAUGGGAUUUGCUUUUUUCAGUUAUCCCCCAGAUUUGCAGGUAUUUGGGAUCUGUCUUUCAAAACACCUCCAACAGAAUUUGUGUGCAUUAGGAUCCACCUGUGGCUUCUGGCUCCAGUUGAGAAAUUGCCCCAACAGGACAAUGUUGAUCAGCACCUUGAAAGUGUUAAUUACAAUCCAACCAUUUACCUAUGUUGUCAUCAAAAUGCACAUUAACACUACAUUCCUAAAUGUUACUACCUCUGGAAGGAAAUCCUGUGUGGAUCAUGGUGAUUGUUUUAAGGCGAAAGGUACUUUGAAAUAAUCUUGUGUGGUUUUGCUGGUUCAACAUGAAAUGACAAAAUUUGUUAUAUUUUUAGUUCAGCCAUGUAUUCAGAUGUAGUUAAGUAGGGCUUAACUCUCAGGAAGGUGAAUUGCAGCUUUAAUUUUCUAGUUUAAAUAGCAUCUCUUCCUACUAUGUCAGGAAGCUAUAUCUUGUGGUCACUUGAACUCAGGAAGUGGCUCAUGAAUUUUGGACUAAAAUAGGUUUGGUUUUGGUUUUACAUUAGUGCACAUGUGAGUAAUGUCUUCAUGAAUAAUAGAUAUGAAAUAAUGAAUAAUUCUUAUUCUUAAAAGGGUAAAUUCCCAUUACUAUGAAUUCAUUUUUCUGAAGAAUAGGCAGGAGAGGUUGGACACUGGUGAAGACUGGAAAAACUGGGGAUUUUUGGAAACAGACACAAUGAAGGGAAGCUGCCUGCUCCAUUUUGAAAAAUAUGCUAAUGGAAAAGUUUAUGAAGGGCCUGCUUCUGACUUACACUCAGAAACUUCUUGAUACGAAGGGUCACCAAACAGUGUUUUCCUUUUUCUCAACCCUUAAAAUGUGUGGAGGCUCAACUUAAUUUACAGCACUCUGAAACAAGCAGGUUAGCUGUCUCUCACAGAUUUUCCAUUUUAAAGUUGAUCAUUUGAAUAUUUCCAUUGGUAUCUGCAAAGGGCGUGUGCCUCCUUAGCUUCCUUGUAAUUACUGGUGAGGAAUAGAUAUAUGUAUGCAUCACUCUACUCUCUGCUAAGAACCAUAGGCUGUGCUUACAUGUCAACAAACCAUGGCUAUCAGCUGGUUUAGUAUUCUGUGUUUAUCUCCAAAUUAACAAUGAGUGAGAAGCCAGCUACUCUGUGAUUUGUUUCUCUACUCCAGGGGUAGGCAACCUAAGGCCCGUGGGCCGGAUGCGGCCUAAUCGCCUUCUCAAUCCGGUCCAGGAAUCAGUGUGUUUUUACAUGAGUAGAAUGUGUCCUUUUAUUUAAAAUGCAUCUCUGGGUUAUUUGUGGGGCAUAGGAAUUCGUUCAUCCCCCCCCCCCCCCCAAAUAUAGUCCAGCCCACCACAUGGUCUGAGGGAUGGUGGACCUGCCCACAGCUGGAAAAGGUUGCUGACCCCUGCUCUACUCCUUAGAAAAAGAGGAGCAAAGUAGGGACUCCUUGCUAAUGUGCAGACUAAUUAGAUUUGUGGGUAGCAUUAUGGACGAAUGUGGCCAUUGUUCAGUGAAUCGAGUGUUGAGUUUAAAUCCAAUCUUUUUCAUGUACAGUGUUGUGCUGCUGUGCAAUCCUAGGUAUAGCCAAGCUGUUGUAAGUGGUGUGUGCAUUGGCAACAAUACUGGUAAGGAUCAACAAGGCCGUGGUGCUAUAUUCCUGGCUAGGAAACUGUUUUGAUUCCUUCAGCUGGUUGUAGCAGUUGCCAGCUGCUGUUGCAAAGCAACUAGGCCAUACUGGUUUUCAGUCCUAGGUAUGUCUGAGCUUUGCCAUGGGCUUUAUGCACAUGGACACCUGCAUGGCCGUUUUAGUGGGUCACACCUUCUAGUUAGCAAUCCUAAGAGUAUUUGGAAAUGAGACUUUAAAAUAAGCAUAUUGAGGAUCGGAGUACUGAUACUUGUGGCGAUAAAUGAUUAGAUUUCAUCCUCAUCUCUGAUUUUAAAGACAAAAUGUGCUAAGGCAUAAUAUAUAUAUCCAAACUAAUCCUUGUCACACCAUCAUCCUUUAUAUUUUUCGUGAAUAUAAAAGUCUAUUUUAAUUGAAGUCUCUCUCUCUCUAGAUAUAUAUCUUCAAGGCUAAAUGCUAAGAGUGGCUUUAUCUCUCCAUUCCAUCUGAAUCAGGCUAGGUGUCUGAGGUUCUAGAACAGUGCCUAGAGGCAUUAACGGGCUGGAUGGGGACCAGCAAAUUGAAACUUGAGUCAGACAAGAUGGCAGUAUUAUGCAUGCAGAGUUUUCAAAGAACUGGAAAGACAAGGCUGCUUUGGAUGGGAUUGCACUCCCCAGAGAAGGGCAGGUUCAUAGUUCAGAUGUUUUGGCAAAAUGAUGGUUGGUGCUAAACAGGAAAUAGAGAGAGAAGCCAUGUAUCAGAGGCUGGAAGGGGAGGAAAGCAUGCAAGUCCAUGACUCAUUCAUAAUCUUCCAAACUAUGUUGGAAAGGUGCCACUCUUUAAAUAUGCAAUAUCUUCCUCCCUUGGUUAGUUAAAUUAAGAAGCAGGUGACAUAGCUUCUUUGUUGUUUUUUUAAAUUUUCCCCAAGCUUGGUUUCUAAAUUGGUGCAACGUUACAAAAUAUAGUUCUGAAUUUGGAAGUACUCGAAGGGUAUGAACAGUGUUAGAAACUGGCACCUUAAACCUAGGUUAUGGGCGCAACAAGAGAUUGUCUAGGCGCACUUUUUUAUAACAAGAAUACAAAGCUGAAAAUGAAUGAACUGCAGCUAAAAUCUUAUGUUCAUUUUUCACCUGGUCUAGUCCUUCCCUUGCCCACCCCCCUAAUAUUCUUAAGAGGGUUUCUUCUCCAGUCUUCACAGAACAGCUGGAAGUGGGGAGGCAGAAAAAGGUCCUCCUUUCCUUCCACUCUGCAGUUUUAAUCUGAAAUUUUAGGCGCAGUACUGCACCCAGAGCUCAGAAAUUGCUCGCGCUAAUAAAAUUCCUUGUCACAAAAUGCGCCUAGAACAAUGGGAGUUUCGAACACUGGAUAUAAUCUGAUGUAAGUAUUACAAUUUAUGUAGUCAUAAGAAGAGUAUUUCAGGAAAGAAUAUUUUUCCCCAUAAUCUGCCUAAUGGUUGCUUAUGAUUUCAUUGGUGUCCUGAGCACACCCAGCCCAAGGAAGACAAACGGUGGGUAGCAUAAUUCUUUAUUGACAAAGCACACAAUUACAGUAGUUCCUAAGGUGCACAGAACAUGUGCACAUACUUCUGCCGACAAGUGGCUGGCAUCCCCUCCUCAGGCUUAUGCUCUGAGCUGGACUGUUGGUGUAACCACGUCUCCAUCCAAACUCGGGUACCUCCAUCUGACGGUCCACGUUCACCAUCCAGGUACCCUGUCUUCCUCCUCUCCUGGUGCAUCCUACCCUUCCUCUCACUCGUGCUCCUGUCCUGCAUCCUGCAUCCCUUCCCCAUAUGUUCCUGCUCAGACUCUUCCACUCCCUCCAGCCCUGACUCCUGUCUCGCAGGAGGCAUAAACCCCAUAAAUCGCUGCUCCCAUCCCCUGGGUCAGCCUCUGGCCCUGCAGCCACCGCCACCAACAGUCCAUCUCCUCUGCCCUGCCAGUUCACUUCGGUUCCAUGUUUUCAAUAUGGGCACAUUCAACCUUGCCCAUAAUCUUUCAUUCUCUGGCUUCACUGUAUUUCACUGUGCAAAGGUCUUCUGCUCCCUCAAAAGAUACUGCAACUAUCUUGAUUCCUCUCUUCCUUCCUUCAAAUCUCACCUCGGAACUCAACUUUUUCCGUAAAGCCUUUGACAUAACCCCUUAGUUCCUACGCACUAUGGUAACUAGGCAUGGAACUAAGCCUAAAUUAAAUACCGUAUUUUUCGCUCCAUAGGACGCACUUUUUCCCCUCCAAAAAUGAAGGGGAAAUGUGUGUGCGUCCUAUGAGGCGAAUGCAGGCUUUCGCUGAAGCCUGGAGAGCGAGAGGCAUCGGUGCGCACCGACCCCUCUCGCUCUCCAGGCUUCAGGAAGCUAUCCGCAAGCCUUGCAAGCCCGGUGGGAGUUCCCGCGGGCUCACAAGGCUUGCAGGCAGCAGCCUGCAGCCCCGGCGGAUGUCCGCAAGCCUUGCGCGCCCGGCAGGAGGUCCCGCCGAGCGCGCGAGGCUUGGGGCGGCAGCUUGUUGCCCGAAGCACGGGGAGCCCUCCGGAGGGCUCCCGAGCGUCUGCAAGCCUUGCGCGCCCGGCAGGAGGUCCCACCGAGCGCGCGAGGCUUGGGGCGGCAGCCUGUCGCCCCACGGGGCGCCCUCCGGAGGGCUCCCCGUGCUUCGGGCGAGUGUCUGCAAGCCUUGCGCGCCCGGCAGGAGGUCCCGCCGAGCGCGCGAGGCUUGGGGCGGCAGCCUGUCGCCCGAAGCACGGGGAGCCCUCCGGAGGGCUCCCCGUGCUUUGGGCGAGUGUCUGCAAGCCUCACGCGCCCGGUGGGAGGUCCCGCCGAGCGCGCGAGGCUUGGGGCGGUAGCCUGCAGCCCGAAGCACGCGGAGCCCUCCGGAGGGUGCCCCGUGCUUCUUGCAGGUGUGCACAAGGCUUGGGGCGGCAGCCGCGGCGGGGGGGGGGGGGAAUAAUUUUUUUUAUUCAUUUCCCCCCCCAAAAAACGAGGUGCGUCCUAUGGGCCGGUGCGCCCUAUAGAACGAAAAAUACGGUACAUAUGAACAGAAGCACCCACAUGUUGUUUGAUGUUUACCGCAUCUCCUCUUUCUUUGUUGUAAGAUUACACUGCAAGCUCCUCAGUGUAGGAAAACCUUUUUUAUACACUAUAAAAUAUCACGCUUACUGAUGGUGCUGUAUAAAUAUAGGUUUACUUUUAUCUUCCUUUAAUCUAAGCAAACAAAUGUUACAUAUGUUUCAGUAAAUAAUUAUCCCCUAUGUAUUUAGUUAGGCUGAUCUUCAACUCUCCUCCUGUAAUAAAUCCUGCUUGGUCACACUUGGUAUGCAACUAGUCACUAUUGAUAAGAGGAAGUUGAUUAAUAGUUUAUAAAUCCUAGUUCAAUAAUGAGAUUGGGUGGUAGAGGUGAAUCAGAAUCUCUCACUUAAAAGGAUGUCCCCGCCCCCAUCGUUUUUGCAGAGGAUUCCAUGCAAACCUGUAUGGGUUCCUCUCCUAAAACAGUUUGGUGGAGGACUUCCCAACUUCAAAAUUUCAAAGCACCUUGCACAUUGUGAUGUCAUGUGAGUGACAGUAGUUUGGCCCAUUCACCUGUCAAAUAUGACCAGGAACUGCCUGCGGAACCAAAAAGGUUUCUCACUCCUGCUUUAUAAGUUUAGAUCCAGACUUAGUCUGGUAUUCAGUGUUAGUCAUACUCAGAACAGAUGUACUAAAAUCAGUGGUCUUACGCAAUUCAUAGCACAGUCCCAUACAUGUCUGCUUAGAAGUAAGCCCUGUUGAGGUCAAAGGGGCUUACCUGCAGGUAUGUGGUGCAGGUCAUCAACCUAAGUUGGAUAUCACCCACCGUUCUAACUUCAGUCCCAGUGAUUUCAGUAGGGUCUUCUCUAAGCACGACUAAGUAUGCAUCCAAACUUGGUCUUUUUCCAGCACCUGUAUCCCUUUCACUAGUGUCUCACUAGUCCAGAGGUCGCAAACAUUUUGAGUGGGCACAUUUGAGAAUGUUGAGAAAGUAGUAUAGGUGCAUGUAUUGUUAGAAACUGGGAUAGGAAUGCUAGGAGCUAUGUGGCUCCUGGGACCUAGGCUGUGGGCGCCAAAACAAAAUGUCUAGGCGCCUUUUUUCUUUCUACCCCGCUACCAGACCAGGCAGCCCACAACAACAACAAACAAAAUGCUGCUGGGCCAGUCUGGAGGUCUUCAGGGUAGUGCAGCCGCUAUACCCCACCAAACACCUCAUUUGCCCGGCAGCAAAAAAUAUUAUUAUUAUUAUUAUUAUUAUUAUUAUUGCUGCCUGGUGAAUCAGGUGACUGCAGAGUAGUGCAGCAGCAAAAAAUGUGUCUUUUCCUACUAGUCUACCUUGCCUUUUCCUGCCAGUCUUCCUACCUGAUUCACCUUGGGAGUGCGGCAGCAAAAAAAAGGGGGGGGAAAGUGUAUCUUUUGCUGCUGCGCUACUGGGCAGAUCAGUUGUUUGCGGGGUAGCGCAGCAGCAAGAGACAUGCAUCUUUUGCUGCUGCUGUACCUGGCAGACCAGCUGACUGCAACUGGGAAAGUGAAGAUGCUAGGCACUAAGCAUGGCUCCUGGACAUUUCCAUUCAGUCGCAAAAUGUGACUGGCGCCUGGCUAAUUUUGAAUGCUGGAACAUGGCAGCUGUAGUGUGUCUGACAUAACACAAAAUGGCUGCCACAUGUAAAGAAAUGGAAAGAGACAGAAACAGAAAAAGAUGUGGGCAUCCCCCUACCACUGCCAGUCUCAUGCAUUUUGGAUUUUUGAGGAUAUACUUACUGAGCCUUUUGCAGGCAUCAUAGGAGGUACUAGUGGGCACACCAGUACCUAUGGGCACCAGGUUGGCAAUCCCUGCUCUAAUGUUUUCAAUCAAUUCAUUUUUCUAAGCUCAAUAAAUGUAAACUGAGAGACCAGUUCCAUGCUCUUGUUAAAAUGGUGCUGUAUAAAUAAUAAAUACUAAUAAUGUAAACUGAUAUUUCUUAAAAGGAUUCAAUGAGUUUCUGUUGUGAAACAAAAAUAAAUAGACUGAAUCCAAUCCAUGUUAGUAAUGACUAACAAGACCCAUUGAUUUCAGUGGGACUUAUGUGUGACUGCAUUAAACUGGAUCCAUUCCAGUAUAUUUUUUAAAGAAAUGUCCAUCAAGACAAGGCACCAAUCAUGCAAAUUAUGUUGAAAUGAUAUAAAAUACCUCUAUUUUUUGAAUACUUUUAAUUAGCCUGUCCAUCCAUCUCCUGAUUCUUAGGGUCAUUAAAAUCUCUUCCCGUCACUCAACAUGUCAUUUCCAGUGGUUUUCAAUAGAAGCAAAAAAGAUGUGUGCCAAGUUGACUGCUUGUAUGUUAACAGAAAGAAUGUGUAUCCCUAAUUCACACCUUGUAAAAAUAUAUCUGCUUUCAGAAUCAGCCUUAAUUGUGAAAAUGUCACCAUGUGAAAAGCCUUUCUCUUGUUAACUCAUUUCGUUUUCAAAAUCCAGUCAGUACUUACGAUUGCAUCAUAUUAUGCAAAAAACAUUGCACUAUUUUGUGCAUCUUAUUUAGAUUAUCUCACUUGUUUUGAUUCUCUUAUGGUCUGGAGUUCCUUGGUGGGUGGACAAGUUCUUCGUGGUGUUCAUGAGGAGGGAUAGGUCCCCACCUCCCUUCAUUCAUUUGGGCAUGUGCCCUUCUGUGCAUGCUACACUCUCUCUUGGACUACAGGAGAACAAAUUAUUUCUAGUAGCAAUUAAUAGAGAAGCGUAGCAUGGUUUGCCAGUGCCUGGGGUGGAUGCGCAAUGCUUCAGCCCUCACUGCCGCCGCCACCACUGGAAUAUGCCCCUACCCACUAGAGCCAAGCAGAACCACAUUGCACUGCCUGCCCACCCACACGGGGGGCUGGCCGACGCAGCCCUUGGAUCGCCCCAGCCUCACAAAUUAGAUUGGGACUGGCAGGGUGGCAUGCAAAGGAUGCAACAGCCAUGUUCCCUUCGAUCCCUGCUUCGCAAAGCAAGGGAGAGGCUGGUAUCGAAAGGUACAUGGCUGUUGCGUCCUUCUCAUAUCUCCGUGCCGGGCAUAUCAUUCAGAUCAGAUCCCAGCCUUGCAAAGCAGCACAGGGCUGGCAGGGCAGCGUGAGGGGCCAAAUGUGCCGCACCCCCUAAAAAAAUGUGCCCAGGGCCAUCAGCCUGGCAACCCCUUCCACACUACGCCCCUGAAUUAAUGUGUUUUUCAACCUUGCUUCCAUGCAUAGUAUCUUCUUCUGAGGCUGCUGCGUUCGUGUUGGCUUGUAAGAACUUGUUGAUUUUUAAUCACUUGUAAACAUACCUUGUAGUGAAGCAAUAUGUUAUGCAGACUGCAUUGAUCAGGUCUGUAGCUGCAUAAAUAUCUGGGAUAACACACAUAAUGGAAUGAAUGCACCAAAAUAAGAAUGACUUUGAUUCAGAACAGAAUGACUCUGUGAGCUUCCCCCAAGUUUGGAAAAACACAAAUAGCUGGGAAUUGCAGCGUGCGUAUACUUGGCAGAAACCAUUUAGGGCUUCCCAAAGAAAAGCAAGACCCUUGUGAAAUUAUUUGUUGCAGUGUGGUCCUAUCUUCCUGGGACCUUAACUUCAUGGUACUUGCAACCUUGCAUGUGACUUGGAAAAGUUGCUUUUGGUGGGCAUUCCCCGACUUCCUACCUGCAUGCUUUUGCCAGCUCCAAACUAUCUCCAUUAUGGAAAAAGCUGCUGAGCUGUGCAAAACUGUCUAAUACAGGGAAAGUCUAAUACUUUUUCCUUCCCAGUACUGUUUACCAGCUCCUGGCUGCCCCCACUGAUGGUGGCUCGUUGUGAUUUUAAUGGGUUGUUGGUGCCAAGUUUAAACAUGGAUUAAAUAUUUGCUACCCAUGCGUAUACCUAUGAUCUUAUCUCGGUUACAGAAUUUAAAUUGUCGGCUGCGCUUGGGCCAGCCCUGCUUCUGACUGUCUCUGGGAGUAGUCAGGUUUCGUUUGUGUGAUGUAAACGGGCAAAGUCCCAGUGCUUGAUGGUGGCUCACUUUUUGGCUAAUACCUAAGCCUUAGUCUAAUGUCUUAGAUGUGGGGUUCCUUUUUAAGACAGCAGCUGUAUAGGUUCUGAGUAGUACAGCAAGAAUGAACCACAUAAUACUGGUUCUGCUGGCUACCAGUUUGUGCCCAAUUCAAGGGAUUAACUUUGGUUUAUAAAGCUUUUAAUGACUUAAGAGCCAAAUAUCUGAAGGAGUGCCUUCCUUGGUACUGUAUUUGCAGGCCUGUGCCUGAGGGCCCAAUCCAGCUAAUCCAUCUUGCUAGCAGAAGCGCGCACAAGGACUUCCACAGUGACUCUUCCUCCUCGACCACCAAAUUGGCUUGGGUGGGUUGCGAUAGCCCCCAGAAUAGCGCACCGGGACAGAGAGGGGGAGAUCUUGCUAUCAGGCAAGCAAAAAUGAUAUUCCUAGUGCUGCGUUGAAUUCCUCCCUUAGGAUUGACUGAGGGGGUCUUUCUCAUGGUUCCGCCAAUGAGUGUGGCAGCUGAGAGGGAGCAUAAUGCAGAGCUUUCUCUGUGAGGGUGCCCCAUUUUCCUGGAACUUUCUCCCCGUCAGUGGUGCAUUGGCUGUCUACCACGUUAAGCUCCUUUGCAUGUUUAAUCACUUUUUUAUGCUCAUGUGUGGAGGAGCUGCUGCUGAAUUACUGAUUUUGUUCAGUUGACUGUAAUUGCGUUGUAUUAUCCAUGUGUUUAUAAUGUUAAUUUUAUAUUGAUUUGUACAAAAACACACACAUCCAGGGAGCCUUUACGAUGAAGGGCAGUUUAAAAGUUCAGAAAUAAUUAAUAGUAAUGGUUCCUAAUAAAACUGAAGGGUGCACAGUAUGAGUAAUUUGGCUACUGCAUGUAAGCAAACAUGGCAAGUUAUCUGUAUGUAUUAUGUUUAUAUGCAAUGACACUGAAUAUGGUGUUUGCAGCACCAGUGAAUACAACAGAUAGAAUUGCCUAACCAUUAGCAAGACGAGGCCGAAGCGGUUUGCCAGUUCUUUUGAUUUGUGGGCCUUCUACUAUAAGAGGUGGAGUAUAUAUACACAUUUCAAAUCAAGAUUUCUUGCAUAGUAAAAGUAUUGCCUUACAGUAUAUUGGUCCGGUUCACACAUAACGUUAAGCGAGUUAAAACUGUGAGCCUGGAUGCAGACAUAAUGCUAGGCCAAACCAUGACUGUAACCCACCCAGGAACCUUAGGGUGAAGGGCGGAUAAUAAAUUAGUAGUAGUAAUAGUCCCUCAUUCCAUAUGAUAACAAUUCAGUGUUAGAAACUGAGAUAGAAAGCUAGGAGCUAAAUGGCACCUUAAACCUAGGUUAUGGGUGCAACAAUGGAAUGUCUAGGCACACUUUUUUAUAACAAGAAUACAAAGCUGAAAAUGAAUGAACUGCAGCUAAAAUCUUAUGUUCAUUUUUCACAUGUGCCUAGAACAAUGGGAAUUUCAAAUGCUGUCACAAUUGUCCAAAAUCUAGCCACAUUUUUCUCUAUUACCUAGCUCUAUCCAAAGCUUAACAGAAAAGUUUCCUUUUUAGCAAGUUUUUAAAACUCUACAUUUUGUGAUUAGUUGUUCUUGCGAUGCCAGUAGAAUCACUUUUUCUACCAAAGUGGCAGCUGUUUAGGAUCUUGUCAGCCUUUGUUGCCAGUAAUUCUGGCUUCCCUUUAAUGCACAUAUGUGUUCGUGUUCUCUCACAACAUCAUUUUCUCUACUUUCUUUAAAAUGUUUUAUCUUUAGUCACAAAGCAGAAAUCAGGGAAUCUGAACAAAAAGUCAGUUUUAUGUACAUGCUGCUUUUUUCCCUACUAAUAGUAUUUUAUUCUGAUUGACAGUGUUAUCCAAGGUCAGUAAAUAAAAGAUUUUGCCAACUUUGAACUCGAAAGUCCAGUGUGUCAAUAUGGAAGCUGGACUCCAUAAGGCAAACAGUGUUGCUGCAAUACAUACAGGUCUUUAGACAUACAAAAUAAUUGCAACUGAGCAAAGACUUGGCUCUCCAGAUCAUAACAGAAUGUUGCAUAUAUUUUAAUUAAAGCUUUCAGUGAUAAAACUAAGCACAUUCUGAUAUCUCUCUCAUUAGAAUCAACAGGACUGAAGCACUUCUAAUGUGGUUGGACCAUUCCCCUAUUUUGUAAAAGGCAGUUGAAAGUGAAUCCAUGCUGUCAUGUGAUGCAGUUACUAAAUGAUCCCAGGAAAUCCGCCUAGAUACGUAUCCUGUCUUGUAGUUUUAAUGUGGCAGUAGAUAACUCUUACCAUGGGCAGGAAUGUAGAUAAUAACACUGAGAGUAAGAAACAAGAAGUGAUUAGGACAUUGAGUUCUUAUCCCCUGAAUAAGGGGUAAUAUUUUGAUCUAAGUUUGUAUGGCCACAAAACCUAUUUUGAUAUACACAAUGUUCUCAUCUUUCAUUUGCAUCUUUUGGCAGCCCCACCAUAUCAACAUGCUUGCUUCACAUGUUAAUUCUCAAUAGAGGCCUAUGCCUUGGCAGCUAAAUGUCAUCUUGUAGCAUCUCAACUGGUCAAGUGAAGUAAUGCCAUAAUCGAAGAGCGCUGCUAGUUCAAUAGUUCAUCUAUUUUGGAAUCCUGUUUCCAGCAGUGGCUCCAACUGCAUGAGAUUUCCAGCCAAAUGUCUCCAGGAUGCUCACUAGCAGAGCAUGAAGACAAGGGACCUCCCUUGUUUUGAUCCUUGGCAGCUAGUAUCCAGAGGUGCAGUGCUUCUGAACAUGGGUGCCCCUUUAGAUUAAUCAGUGACAAGUUUCUACGAUCACUACGCUCCAUGAACUUGUAUUACCCCCUUUUGAAGUCAUCCAAGACAAAGGCGAUCUUCACAACUUACAGAAUUCACUCUAAUUAUGCCUCAUGGGAGGUACUCUCUUCUGUUAGUCCUAAAUCAAUUGCCAUUUUCACUGUGCAACCCUGAGGUCUGGUAUUGAGGAGGAAACAAUUCUCUAGGCUGCUCAAGCACUUCCUCAAAGGGAAAUUCCUAUGGGAACUCCUCUGGAACUCCCUGCCCUGAGUGAUCUGGUGCCUGUUAAAGGUUCAUCUGCUUUGUCAGACAUUUGCCAGUCGUAUUUUCUGUGGCCUGCUUUUAGAAGUUCUUAUUACAUUACUUCUGACCUUGUUUUUUAUAAUGUUAGUUGCCUUGGGCAUUAUUAAUGGAAAGGCAGGGUACAUAUUUAUGUACUAAAAUACAACUAAAUUAAGGGACUCCAACCCUUUGAGUUUUGUUGCCCUUCUCUGAACUUACACUGUAGAUGAGGCAAGCAGAACUGUAUACAGAAUGCAAACGCAAUGAACACCAUAAACACAUAUUGGCCGUCUUUUUUUUCCAUUUUCUCCCCUACUAAUCCCUAACAUGGAAUUGUCCUUUCCUUUUUGCUGUGUACCAAGUUGAUUGUUUCUGUUCUGGGUUUUCACCAUCCCAAAUAAAUCGGUGUCAACCACAACCUAGGCCACAUCAUUGUUCAUAUAAACCUCCCAAUAGGAAAUGUUGUAUGCUGGUUUUCAACUUUCAAUACUAAUUUAAUACAGGACCAAUAGCUAUUACUGACAAUUAUUUUGAAGUAAAGGAGGAAAGCUUGUAAUGAUUGUUAGUCAUGGCAACUUACUCCUUUGUGUGAGUCUAGAUUACAACGUCAUGCACGUUGGUGGUGCUAUAAAAAUGGUCUGCAGUAUGUGCCCUAACUAUAUUAACUUCCUAAUUUUGGUGGCUAUGUGGCCUUCCUAAUGUCUACAAUGUCUGUAUUCCAUCACUAUUGACCAUGCUUGCUGGGGUAGAUGGGAACUAGGCAUAGGACAUUUGGAGAGGCCACAGAUUCCCCAUCUAUCUUCUAACCUAUAAUGGUUAUGUUCCCUGGCGUGGGCUGCGGGUGAGGUGUGGAUUUCUACUCCCAGGUGGUAGUUGGGGAUCAGUGAAAGUAGAAACAAAAGUGCAAUUAAUAGGCUGGGAUCCAGAAAUUCCAGGUACUGUCUCACAUAUGCCAUUGUUGUGAAACAACACUGUCUUCAUUCCAAUCCAUCUUUUCCGAUGUAUCAGAGUGGAAAUAUAAUUAUUUGUUUUAGUAGGAUCCAAAGUAACGUGCUUCAAGUUACACUUGCCAAAAUGCCCUAUUCAUAUGAGGGGUCCAGUAGCAUUGACUUCUUUGCAGCUAGUCACCCAUGUGAGGAUUUUCUGCAGACAUUUUGCUGAAGUCAAAACUCUCGGGUACUGCAGAUUGUUAAGGAAUGUUGCUAAUAUUUUAGAUAAGAAUAUAAGAAGAGCCCUGCAAAAUCGGACCAAAAACCAGUGUAGUCUUGCAUCCCGUCCUUCCAAUACCAAUCCUAGGGGGAUUUCACUUCAUCCUUCCGAUGGGAGAACUGCCUGUUGCUGCUUCUUUCUGUUUCCAGUUUUUUAAACUCAAGUUAGUACUCCAUAAGUCCUGUUGUCUUAUCUCAUGGCUGAUAAGCUGGUUCAGGAUUCUUUGUUGCAGGAUUUUAUUGAAAGUGUCUGAAGUACACCGUGCCAGCUGAAUUCCUCUUACCCAUAUGCUUCUUGACACUUUGUAAAAGGCUAGUUUUGGGGCUACAAUGGUAUGGGGUUGCUCGUGCGUAAGUUGCCGCCUCUCCUGGCUAUGUUGCCUUGUUAAACCUUUCUGUCUGGACAGCCCUUCAAUUCGUGGCUGCCUCAAUCGCUAGCAGAAUCCGUCAGUGGGCGUUUCUUAAACCUUUUCCAACAUAAAAGUUGUUUGACACCCAGUCUUCUCCUACUUUCUCUGCGCGGAAGUCUUCUGCGCAGGGAGGGCGUGGGUAGCGGAGGACCAGUGCUCUCCCCGCUGGUGUCCGGUGAAGAGUCUGGAAGCCCUCUCUCCGAUUUCCCCAUCUGCCCCUCCUUAUUCCUGGUGUUGCACUGAAUUGCUUCCCCAUCUGCUGAGCUGCCUCUCUCCCUGCUGGGCCCUUCUCCAGCAUCAUUAGAGAGCCUCCCCUCCACCUCUAGCUCCGAUGUCAGUUCCCUGACAGGGGCCAUGGGAGUUAUCUAAGGCACUUGGUUCAUUUUAGCAGAUGCUUGAGGCACAAUUGAACUAACUAAUUUCUUUCUUUCUUUUUCUCAUUUGCAGAGCUGGAAAGUCUUGUGAAUUGUUACCUAGAUCUCAGGGCAAAGGCUGCCAGAGGUGGAAGAGGUGGAUUGGUUCCUGGUCAUGCCCGGUGGAAGGAGGGGACCCAGUCGGCAGCAGCUAAGCCGUUCAGCUUUGCCUUCUCUCCAGACGUUGGUUGGUGGGAACUGUGGCAACGGCACUAGUCUAAGAAACAGGUUAAGUCAAAACGUAAUAUUGUGGGCUUAAAUGUGGGAGGCAGAACUCUUGUUAUUACUUGUUAUCAUCAGGUCACACUUGGGUUCACAAGAAUCUUGUUUCUUUACACUUGUUGUUGCCCUGAAUUUGACAGUGCGUGUUUGCCUGACUCUGUGUUUGGCUCAUUUUAUAUCUCAUACUCCUGUUGGGCAAUGGAGAUUCAGGUGGGUUGCCGCCUCAGGCAUUUGUGUGACCUGAAAGCCUUUACAUACCCCUUCCCCUCAGAUGGCCCAUCAGUUCCAGUUCGUAAGGUACAGCACACAUGAAAAGAAAGCAAUAGUUCUUAUAUCAAGGUUACACAUACAAGUGUUUUCAUCCAAGCCUCUUUAAAUGUUAUAUAAAACCAGUUGUUUUUUGUUCUUCUGGGCAUUCCAAGAGUUGGCGCUCAGAUUUGGAUAUUCACUGGGUCAUGGGGUGUCUCUUCCAGCUAGUUGGAUUUUAAUUUCCAAUUGUUCCUUCAAAUUGUGGCCUUGACUUGAGCAUUGCUCGUUAAUAAACAUUGCAUAUCAUAGAAGUUUUGAAGGUUGAGAAAGCUAAGAUAAGGAAGCCAGAGGAUUGGAAUGCACUGCUAGGCAUCUAGUGUCAGGGGGUUGCUUGGUUACAUUAUCUUAUUCUUGAUACACCAGACAAAGCUGGAACAGGAUUAGGCUGGGGAAAAUCUGGUAUCUCUGUUUGAUGGUCUGAGCUCCAUUUUUUCUGGCAUUGGCUUCUGCAGAAGUGGAAAAACAAGGGGCGUCCGUGGAAGGACACAGGACAUAUGUGACGUGUGUUUCCAUCCCACCAUACUAAGCUAAAAAGUGUCAAAUUCUUGACAAAGGCAUGCAUCGCACUUGCCUGUGGUGAGGUGCUACUCAUCAUUCAUGUCACAGCCCAUACUACCAGAGGCUGUGUGGAGAGAGAGAGAAAUCACUUGUUCUAAAUCAUUGAGAGUGCUGUGUGUAGUACUUUGCUUUUUGUGUUAAGGACUGUAGUACAGUGGUUAAGCUGCAUAUCAAGAAGUGUCCAGUUCAGACCUUGCUUCUGUGAUUUUCUUACUAGUUGACCUUAGACAAAUCUGCCCCAUAUCUGCAAUAUGGGGAUGAACAUAUUGACCUAUGUUAAAGAAUUGUAAGGAUCUCUUGAGGUAGUUAACAUUGAACAAUUUAAACCUGGUGUGGGAAACGGGAUCUGGCCAGCACACCAGAUCCUUUCUUUCUCCACCCCCCCUAGUGUUAGCUUUGCCAGGAGUGAGCAAACCUUGCAGGACUUUGGAACCGUUGGAGACCAUGGUGGCACUUGCAUCACUGAAGGUCAGUUGAUUGACGGUGCUUGCAAAGUGCACUGUAUUUGCAAGCAGCAAUAACCAAGGUAGCAUUUUGCAGGCGGCAACAAUAGCUUGAUUUGCCUGUUCUUGCAAAGGAAAGGUAGACCCUACAGGAGCCAUGGCUAGAGCAUGUGGGUGUUGCUUGGCCAAAAUUGCAGGCAGAGGUUUCCCCCAGCAUUGAUUUAAAUACUCAUAAAUGCUAAGCAUUUAACCCACAAUAGGGUGAGAUAUCCCAGGAACACUGGCAAGAGUUAGUGACGUGUUGUUUCUCUCUUUUUCAGGAAUGGUAGUGCUAUCAGCCUCUCUGCUCCUCCAAUUACAGCCUUGAUCACCCCUGAGCCUGUGCGACACUGCCGAAUCCCUGAGCUGCCUCUAGACGGGAACCUUCUGUUUGAGUUCUUCUUUUUCAUCUACCUGCUGGUGGCCCUCUUUAUUCAGUAUAUUAAUAUCUAUAAGACCGUGUGGUGGUACCCAUACAACCACCCUGCCUCCUGUACGUCACUGGUGAGUCCAUGUUGCUGGCCGCAUGCCCUUCUUGCAGUUUGCUUAGGGAAGUUUAAUCAUGGUGUCUCUGUAGCUCAGCUGACAUCACCAAGUCUGCCAUCCUUUCUUUUUCCCAGACAUUAUGAAAUACACCCCUUUUCUCCCUCAAAGGCAGCCUUUGGGGUACGACUUCUCAAGGCAGCUCCACACUUGGGGGAGUAGGAAGGAAGGGCAUUUUGGAGCUUUUGGCCAUGGGGUUCCUGCCCUGGGGUGUACUGUCUUUCAACAUUCCUUAAACUAGCUGCCUUCCUCCCCUAAGGGGAGCAAUGAAUCUUCUGGACUUGCCUGUGAAUUCCUGUUUUUAUCAAGGGAACGAGGGCAGCCAGGUCUUCCCUCUACAUGCUCUCUUUAUUGGGUUACUAUCUACUGGGCUAAUGGAGUUCUAAAAGGUUCCCAAUCUACCCCUCCCUCCUGGCUUUGUGACUCAUCCUGAUCUGGUCAUUUUCCCACUUACAGCCCCUUCCCCCACCUCCUGUUUUCCUUCAAGGGAGUGAGGCUGUUGCCAGUGCAGUUUUGUGUGUUUGACCAUUUUUCUCUUCAUUUAAUGUUUGAGUGUGUGUGUGUGUGUGUGUGUGUGUCACUGUAGUGUCUGGAGAUUGAUGGGAGAGUCCCUUCCUCCAGAUCCCAAAGGCUGGCUUCACAACCCCAGAAGAGUGGGGCCUUUCCCCCUUAUGCUUACUGCCUUCCUUCCCUCAAAAACCCCCAGAAAUUCACAGGUAACUACAGAAUGUCUGCUCCUAGGUUUUCCUUUCUAAGUGGCAGUUGUAAAUACGGUAGCCUUCCCAAGCUGCUUCUAUGUGCUUAAUCUGUCCCCUUCUCUUCCCUCUUUAUCUGGCAGACUUGGAAUGGUUCAGAGUGUGUCCUGGUUCUCCUUUAUAGGAAUUUCCAUGCUUCUGCUAUGUCAUCUCAGCAGCUCCUGCCUUUCUGGCCUCUCCUUCACCCUGGUGAAUACGCUGUUCUUUUCUCCUUUAGAACUUUCACCUCAUUGAUUACCAUCUGGCAGCAUUUAUCACAGUGAUGCUGGCGCGGAGGCUGGUAUGGGCCCUUAUCUCUGAGGUAAUGUUGUCACAAUUAACUCUCCCAAAGAAAUCGGAGGUUUAGAAUGAGCUCAGUAUGAUGCUUGUCGUUUUUUUAUUUGCCACACAUGAAAGCCUACAUCGUGGGUAGGCAAACUAAGGCCCGGGGGCCAGAUCCGGCCCAGUUGCCUUCUAAAUCUGGCCUGUGGACGGUCCAGGAAUCAGCAUGUUUUUACAUGAGUAGAAUGUGUCCUUUUAUUUAAAAUGCAUCUUUGGAUUAUUUGUGGGGCAUAGGAAUUCGUUCAUUAUUUUUUUUCAAAAUAUAGUCUGGCCCCACAAGGUCUGAGGGACAGUGGACCAGCCACCUGCUGAAAAAGUUUGCUGACCCCUGGCCUACAUGUUCACUCACCUUGGUGAAGUGCUGCCAUUUACUGAUGUUAACAGCUGCCACGUCAGGUGAAAAGAAAAGGAACUGUGGGAGGAUUUGUUGGGAAUAGUCUUAAAUUUUAACAACCAGAAAGUGGAUUAGCCCAGGGUGAUUUGCACUAGUGGUAGAGUCAGUGAGGUUCCAAUAGGAACCUAUAGCAAUACAGGCAGAGAUUAAGUGAACAGCACUUCAUUCAAGCAAGAUUGACCGUGCCAGUAGAGGUUGCAUCUUAAAAGUAUUAACCAAGGGAGAAAUUGUGAGAUUAACAGACGAGCAAACAGGGUGGGAUUCAUUGGUGAGCUAUCUCUCGAGUGCCAGUUUGAAAGUCAGUUGUUCAUAGGUCAUUUUUAAAUGUGCAUGGCAUUCCAAGUCCAAGCUUCUGAUGACUUUAUAUAAGAUUUUUGGGUUGAACAGAGUUUGGACUGUUGUUGAUGGGGCAUAAAAUAGUGGUUCCUAGACCUCUGAUAUUGCAUCUUCUGUUUCCAAAACUUACUUUGCUACAAGGAUCUCAGAUAGCUCUAGAUGCUGCAACCUCUAAGGCCACUGGAAAUUAUGAGAAAGGUUAAGAAACAAAAGCACAACAAAACUAAAACAAUGCAAAAUAGGCACUUAGGGCAAAGACACAUUUGUCCAGCUUGGAAACCCUGUGUUGGAACUAAAAUGUCUUCAGUUGUUUUGAGAAAGUGCAGAUACAGUGAUACCUCAGUUUUCGAACGUCUCCGUUGACGAACAUUUCGGUUUUUGAACGCUGUAAACCUCGAAGUAAAUGCUUCAGUUUUCAAACACACCUCGGAAAUCAAACAUGCCACAUGACUUCCGCUGAGUGCAAGAUCCUAAAACCUAGCUGUCGGCUAUUGAGUUUUCUGUUUUCGAAUGUUUCAGAACUCGAACGGUCUUCCAGAAUGGAUUACGUUUGAAAACCGAGGUACCACUGUAGUGUGUAUCUUUCCACAGAACAGGAGCAGCCACCCUGAAAGCCCUAUUAUGUAUUACUGUGGAGCAGGCUUCUGAGAUCUUUAGAGCUUGCAGACCUGAGGGAUCUACUGGGUACAUAAGGGAUAAGGCAGUCUCUAAAGUAAUCUGGUCCUGAGCUUUAUAGGACCUUAUGUUAGUACCAACACCUUGAAUUUGGGUCCCAAUGUCCCAGGACAUGGAAAUAACUCUUUCCAUGAUUCCUCUGAUCUUGAAUGCUGCUGCACGUGUUCAUGACACCAACUCGAGCAGGGAUAGCCAGCUUGAUGCUGUUGUGCAACUCCCAUCAUCCCUGACCAUUGGAGUCAAUGGUCCAUCUGGAGAGUAGAACGUUAGCUAUCCCUGAUCUAGAGCCUUGUUACCAUAGACGUUUGGACAAGGGAAGUGGUUGGCUCACUUGAUCUGCGUUUGGUUAGCCCCACACUUUGGAGAUGGUUGGGUCUGGUCUUAGAUGGAUCUCCAAGCAUGGUCCUCAGAAAUCCAGUGUUUGACACAUGCACACACCCAUUCAAAACAGGCAUAGCCAGCCUUGUGUCCUCCAGAUAUUUUGAGCUCCCAUCAUCCCCCAGCAUGGCCAAUGGUCAGAUAUAACAGGAGCUGUAGUCCACAGCAUCAACCAAAUUGGCUACUCCUGAUUAAACAAACAAUGAAAAAACAAGUUUUGUUAUUUACUGAAGGUACUAUAGUGGGGUAGCACUCACCCCUUGUGGUAGGUUUUGUUUUGAUUGGUUCUGAAUCUUAACAUUACAGUCAUACCUUGGUUUUCUAACACCUUAGUUCUCGAACGUUUUGGCUCCCGAACACCGCAAACCUGGAAGUGACUGUUCCGGUUUGCGAACUAUUUUUGGAAGGCGAACGUCUGGGGCUUCCGCGACUUCCGAUUGGCUGCAGGAGCUUCCUGCAGCCAAUCAGAAGCCACACUUUGGUUUCUGAACAUUUUGGAAGUCGGAAUGGACUUCCAGAACGGAUUCUGUUCGACUUCCAAGGUACAACUGUAAUGCCAUUUUUUUCCCUGUCUCACUACUGUCAGAGAGAACACUAAGCUAGUAUUUUUAUCCUCACAAACACCUGCAGUAUUAAGGAGGAUAUAAUUACUUGCUUUCAGUACUCUCCCCCCAAAAAACUAUAUUUAAAGCAUUCAUUACUAUUUUGUUAAGUCUAGCAAAGAAAUAAAAUAAAAAUAAAAAUGGUUUCCUUUUGGCUUUGAGAGCCAUGCUAUACCGUGUGGGGAUGGUAGGUCAGGCUGUUUCUUGGAAUGUAUUGCGGCAUAUAGGAAGAGAAACUGUAGGGCUGAUGGUUCUUGGUGUUUGAAUUUGCAGGCCUCUCAGGUGGGAACUACAUCAGUGAUUCACUACACGGCACUGAUUUUGGCACGCCUGGUGCUGCUCACUUUGUGUGGAUGGGUGCUCUGCUGGACACUAGUUAACCUUUUCCGUAGCCAUUCUGUUCUGAAUCUCCUCUUUCUUGGCUACCCGUGAGUAUCAUUCUCUUGUAUCCUGAAUGUAAUAAAUAGGAAAGGGUCCAAAAGUACAAGACAUGACAAAGAGAAGCCCUGUUGAUCCGCAUGAGAUUGGCAGAGAAUCAACAGGGUUAAAAGCCGCCAGUUGAAUAGGUCUUUCGGGGGAAAUGGGUAGAAGGAAAAUGAUGCCUCUCUCAACAUCUUUUCCCUGCUAGAAUCAUUAUAAAGGUCAAGAGACAUCUGGUCCAUCGACUUAAUGCAAUAUAUGAGCCAAUGAGGAAGAGUAGAUUUUAAAGGUGGGUAGGAAAGGGGAGAAGAAUGGCAGCAAUUGAAGAGAUAGUACCAACACAAUGAUUGUGCUCCUUUACCUAUGGCCUCACUGCUUAGCCCUGGGAGUUGAGGCAUACCACAAAAGUAGCACAUGAGCGAAUAACCUGGGUGCAGGAAAUGCAAGCCUCUUGCUCAGGAAGCUCCUUUCAGAUGUUCAUGGUUGGAAUGCCUAAUAUACCACAGGCUGUAAUCUCACCCUUGCCUUUCCCUUCCCUGCAGGUUUGGUGUCUAUGUCCCACUGUGCUGCUUCCACCAAGACAGCAGAACACAGCCUCUUCCCACAGACUGUGGCUAUUUGGUGCAGGAUCAGCUGGUAGAUUCUGGUGCCACGGGGGUUGGCAGCCUCGUCAAGCCCAAAGACUUCCUAUCUCUCCUGAGAGAGUCCCUGAAAGAACAGUUCAACAACCCCGUGCCCAUCCCCACACACAGCUGCCCCUUGUCUCCAGACCUCAUUCGCAACGAGGUGGAAUGCCUGAAAGCAGACUUCAACCGCAGAAUCAAGGAGGUUCUAUUCAACUCCCUCUUCAGUGCCUAUUAUGUGGCAUUCCUGCCACUGUGCUUUGUGAAGGUAGCUGUUGCCCUACUCCUUCAUUGCUAUUGCUGCCGCCGCUGCUGCCACCACCUUCUAAAUCUUGUCUGUGGAUUGUUAACACAGUGGGUUUCUGGUUAAAUUUCCCUUUCUCUGUCUCCCCUCUGGCAGCCUGGAUGGCAGAAUGUGGCUGAUUCUGGAGUAUCACUCCCGAUUGGCAGCUAGGUCUUGCCACACAUGUAGUGCCACUGUGGUUCGCCCACUCAUUUUUCAUCGCAUCUAUUAGCCCCGCUCUCUUUCCCAGACAACUGUAACAAGUAUACAGUGGUACCUUGGUUCUCAAACUUAAUCCGUUCCGGGAGUCCAUUUGACUCCCGAAACCGUUCGAAAACCAAGGUGCUGCUUCUGAAUGGCUGCAGGGGCUUCCUGCACUCAAGCAGAAGCCGUGCCGGACGUUCAGCUUCUGAAAAACGUUCGCAAACCGGAACACUUACUUCAGGGUUUGCGGCAUUCAGGAGCCAAUUUGUUUGGGAGCCAAGCCAUUUGAGUACCAAGGUACCACUGUAUUUUGGUACUGUUAGCAGGCAUUUGAUGCCCAGCUCACAUCAUGAUUUGGCAGUGCCUUGGGUGUUCAUACUACUACUACUGCUACUACUAAUAAUAAAAUUUUAUUUAUAUUCCGCCCUCCCCAGCCGAAGCCAGGCUCAGAGCAGCUAACAACAAUAAAAGUAACACAGGAUUCUAAAAUCAAUUCAAAAUCAAAUUAAUGGCAACCAUUGGGCUAGAAUUCUAUGAGGAUUACCAAAGGAGGGGCCUGGUGGAACAGCUCUGUCUUGCAGGCCCUGCGGAAAGAUGUCAAGUCCCGCAGGGCCCUAGUCUCUUGUGACAGAGCGUUCCACCAGAUCGGGGCCACAGCCAAAAAAGCCCUGGCUCUGGUUAAGGCCAGCCUAACUUCCCUGUGGCCUGGGACCUCCAUGGUGUUUUUGUUUGAAGACCGUAAGGUCCACCAUGGGACAUACCAGGAGAGGCGAUCCUGUAGGUACGAGGGUCCUAGGCCGUAUAGGGCUUUAAAGGUUAAAACCAGCACCUUAAACCGGAUCCUGUACUCCACAGGGAGCCAGUGCAGGAUUUGAAUUAAUAUGAUUAGAGAAUAGGGGCAGCUGUGAUAUCCAGGCUGACUUACCAGAGACCUCAGAAAGUUGUCCAGAUAGAUCACUGGUGCUCUUAUCAGGCUGGUGUCUAAUGGGCAGAUUUGGACCUUCCACACCCAAUCCAGUUUCUCUCUGUGUACCCAAGAAGCGUUCUUGGGCUUGUUUUACUUCCAUGCCAGUGACCAUGGGUGUGCACAUAUUCCACAGUGGCAUAUACAUCGGCUGUGCAAAAAUUUCAUGUCAUGUAUGCCAAGGAGAAAGGAGGAUCUCAAAGAGUCCUUUGCUGGCCUUGCAGUUCCUAGUUAGGUACUUAAAUCUAUGGCUGUAGGGCACCGUCUUCCCACUCUUGAGAUCUCUGGGGCGUUGGCAUUAACACCCUCUUUGGUUUCUUGCAGAGCACACAGUACUAUGACAUGCGCUGGUCCUGUGAACACCUCAUCAUGGUGUGGAUCAACGCCUUUGUCAUGCUCACCACCCAGCUGCUUCCUCCCAAGUAUUGUGACUUGCUACACAGAUCAGCUGCCCACCUGGGCAAGUGGCAGAAGCUGGAACAUGGUUCAUACAGCAAUGCCCCCCAGCACAUGUGAGUGUGACCUCAAAGCAUUUGUUGACAAGGGUCAAGGGAAAGAAAAUAGGGCAGCUGAAGGUAUCCUAAUUUUGUACCUUUCUUUAGUUGGACCCAAGACUACAUUGUCCGUGUCAGUAUUCUUCAAUGAUUUUGUUGUGCACCAUACUUUCAAUUACUGUUAUUGAGAUCUGUUUUUGAUAAGCUUACCUGAGACUCUUUGCAGAAUUUAUUGUGGUAACUGGCAGGGUGGGGGUUUUGUUUUGUUUUUGUAUUCUCAUCCAGUGAGAAUUGUAGGAAGAGGGCGCAGAGAACGAGUGUAACAUCAUUCUUCCUAGCUUAAAUCACUUAACAGACAAAUCACAAGUUUUCAAAUCAUCAUUUCGUUGCAUUUGAAUUUAGGUGAUCUAGUGCCUGCCCCUUAGGCAACAAAGUGGGUCACCCACAAAUAAACCAGUGGAUUCUACAUACUUGGGGCACUGCCCAGGUAUGGAUAAAAAUGGGUCCACAACCCAAACCAAAAAUUGUGAGCGCCCAGGACCCUACCUCUCUCUUUCAGUACAUUUCUAUUCUGAAGCAAGUCCUGCUGUGUUUAAUUGGGCUUACUGCAAGGUAACUGCAAGCAUGUGCAUGCUUAAUUGGAAGUAUAUUGGAUUGAACUCAGUCGGAUUUAUCUCUGAGUAGACACGCUUAGGUAAGGAUUAGACUGUGAUUCUCGACCUCACACUGUGGCUGGGGAUAAAUCCCUUGCUUCCCUCUCCCAGCUCCAAAUUUGAAAUUGGACAGGACAGGGUUCUUGCAGUUAAUACAGGGCGGUUUCUGCCCUGUGCACAUUAGUGGUACUAAAGCAGGCCUCCUCAUCAAGUUAGCUUACUUUGUAGCUAAUCUUUCCAAAAAAGUCCACUUGCUUAUUUCAGCUUUUAGUGCCUAAUUUUUCAUAAUUUCAUCUGUACACCUCCAGAGCAAAAAUAAAGAAGAGAAUGAGGAUUCCUAUGAAAUUGGUUUUUACUUAUUCAAAUUCACAUCUAAUUGUACAAUUGGCUAUAGGUUGAAAGUUGUAGUCCAAAAUAUUUUGGAGGGUACCCGGUUGGUGAAGGAUGGGUUUUAUGAUUUGUAUAUGCAAAGCUAUUUAUGAUUUUACCCUUGGGGUUUCUUUCCUUUUAUUCUUCAAUAUAUACCUGAGGUAUUCUUAUUUUCAGUUGCAUAUAUUUUUAACCUACGUACAAGAAGAUUGUCAGCUUUAUUACAUAACUCAAGGUGUCUUUGUUUUGUGUAUUUUAUGGCUACUAGUGAAAGAUUCUACUUUCCAAAACAGAGUUGAAACCUCAGAUUUUAUGUAUGUUUGUAUUGACCAAUCUAAUUCAGAAUUUACAACUCGGUUGAAAACUCUUGGUGUUAUUUCAGUGUCUACUGCUUGAAAAUAAGUGUAUAUAAAAGCCUAAACCAAUCAACAUGAAUUCGGGGCGUAUAUAUUACCAAGUGUAUAUAUAACAUUUUGAAUCGUGAAAUUACUCCGGGUUGGUUUUCUGAUGCUCACAGAGUCCCUUUGUCAUACUCCACAGCUGGUCUGAGAGCACAAUAUGGCCACAGGGAGUGCUAGUGCGACAUAGUCGAUGCCUAUACAAAGCAGUCGGGCCUUAUAACGUAGCAGUGCCUUCAGAUGUGUCCCAUGCCCGCUUUUAUGUAAGUACCGUAAGUAUUAUUACGUAAGAAUUCAUACGCCCCACCACCACAUUUAAGCACAAUUUUUCUGACGCCUGCAAAUAAAUAAAUUGAUGUAAACUGCGGAAUGGGCAAAAAUGGCCCCCAAAGAGCGGGAAAGCAGCUGACAAUCCCAGGAGCCGUUGCAACUGCAAUCCCAUGAGUCUUUGAGGCCUGUUGGAGUUGGAGGAAGUGAUUGUGGUGAAGUCGGGAGGAUGAUUGUGGGUUUUUGGUGGAGUUUUGCUUUUUAAGAUGGUGUUCCCCACUAUGCACAAUUUCACAUAUACAGCAGUACCUGGGAAUAUAACCCCUGAGUAAGUUUUUGUAGUCCAAAAACAGCCAGAGACCCAAGAAUGGGAAACCCUGCAUUAGCCAUAUAACAGGGUGGAUUUCAGUGUAGCGCUAAGCUGAGUAGUAGUAGUAGUAAUCAUAAUCAUAAUAUUUUUUUAUUUAUAUCCUACCCAUCUGGCUGGGUUUCCCCUGCCACUCUGGGCAGCUCCCAACAGAAUAUUAAAAAUACGAUAAAACAUCAAACAUUGAAAACUUCCCUAAACAGGGUUGCCUUCAGAUGUCUUCUAAAAGUCAGAUAGUUGUUUAUUUCCUUGACAUCUGAUGGGAGGGCGUUCCACAGGGCAGGCACCACUACAGGCCUUCUGCCUGGUUCCCUGUAACGUCUCGCAGUGAGAGAACUACCAGAAGGCCCUCUGAGCUGGACCUCAGUGUCCGGGCUGAACGAUGGGGGUAGAGAAGCUCCUUCAGGUAUACUGAGGAGACUCUUCCAUCAGCACAUGCAUUACUGCUUGCCCGACAGAAUGAUCUCACAUCUCCUUGCUUCUAGAGAAGGUUUGGGAUAGGCGCAUGGUGGGGGGAAGCCCUGUUGCACUAGCACAAGCCCUUGCACGGCUUCCUCUAGCAGAACUGAGCAGUUGAAUCUGAUCCAGUGGUUCAAAUAACAGAACCACAGCAGUGUUCUUAGUGGCUACAGCCCUGGGGCUUCAGAUGCAGUUGUUGGGCCUCUAUUCCUUUUCCCCUGCCCUCCAGAAUUUGGUUUUCAUCAAACGGUCUGCUUUCUGACCCUUCAAGCACUGUUUUUUUCCCUCCCUACAGUUCCUCUUUCACCGUCCAUUACGGCUUCUCAACCUGUUGAUUCUCAUUGAAGGCAGCGUGGUCUGCUAUCAGCUCUACUCCCUGUUGCGGUCAGAGAAGUGGAACCAUACCCUUUCCAUGGCCCUGAUCCUCUUCUGCAAUUACUAUGUCUUAUUUAAACUCCUGCGGGACCGUAUAGUGUUGGGCAGGGCAUACUCGUAUCCUCUGAACAGCUACGGAUUAAAAGCCCAUUAA